AUGAACCAAAUGACAUAUCUUCGCAAUGUAAAGACUGUACCGUCUCCUUCAGGCUGGACACCUGAAACAAAGUACAUUGACAAAUUAUUUUGGUCGCCCAAUGUACCCAUUGAACUUCGAGAUUUAUUUCAGCCGAUGAAAGCCACAGUUGAAGAUCCACGACGUACCAUAAACUUUAUGAAUGAACAUGUCAAUUUAAUUGGCACCUUUCCUGGUAUUAAGGAACAGAAGAGGAACAUAAAGAUUAAAAAGUUGACAGAUAAAAACCAUCCUUGCUGUGGUGCCUAUGGGUUAUUUGCAGCUCAAACAUUACACCCGAAACAGUUAAUUUUGGAUUAUUUAGGUGUGGUUGAAUAUAAGGACGGUUACGAAGCAACCUCAGAUUACGUAUUAAGAUACGGUACAGAAUUGUCGAUCGAUGCUGGGCGUUGUGGUAAUGAAGCCCGAUUCUGUAAUGAUUUUCGUGGUUGUGGGCCUGAACCCAAUGUGUGUUUUAUGAACUACAUGGAUGAAAAGUCAAAGCAUAUUAAAGUUGGUAUCUUUGUGAACGGAAAUCGAAAGAUCAAAAAGGGGGAUGAAUUGUUGGUGACAUAUGGUAAAUCAUUUUGGGCUAAAAGAGGUGUGGAUAUGAGUGGACAACAGCAUAAAAAGCAGUGA